AUGGUGUGCGUAGUUGCAGUAGCAGUGGACCCUUUGUUCUUUUAUCUUCCUUUCAUCGACGAGUCUACCAAAUGCAUUGAGUUAGAUACCACUUUGGAAAUCAUUGCUAUUUGUGUGCGAUCGUUCCUUGAUUUGAUUGCUAUUUGGUAUCUGAUUGCAAGAAAAAAAAUACAUGACCGGCCUGACAUGAAGUGUUCAGACUACGUAAUUAACAUUCUCAGCAUUCUUCCAGUUCCCCAGGUGCUAGUGCCAAUUAUAUUUUCAGAAAUGAGAAAUUCGGAAUUCCGGGACGGAAGGAAAUUCCUAAAUGCAGUUGUUCUUUUGCAAUAUGUGCCAAGGAUUUUCCGUAUCUACAGAUUGUGGAAAAUAGUCAACAAGAAUAUCAAGCCAAGGCCUAAAGUGAAUGCAGAAAGGAACAAGAAUACGAAAGGUUUUAUGGUGAUGAAAGCUGGAUUCAAUCUCUUUCUGUAUCUCAUUGCCAGUCAUUGGGAGACAUCAGAAGAAAUGAAGGAGCUAUCUGUGCAUAAGACAUCAAAAGAAGUGGAGGAGAUAUCUAAGCAUAAGCAUGGUGCGAUAUCUAAGCAGACAUCUAAAGAGCAUGAUGAGAUAUCUAAGCUGUUGGAGGUGAUAUAUAAAGAGCAUGAUGAGAUAUCUAAGCUGUUGGAGGUGAUAUCUAAAGAGCAUAAUGAGAUAUCUAAGCUGUUGAAGAUAAGGCCGCUGCUGCCGAUAGCCCCCAAGUAA